AUGACUGAAGUGUUUUGUUUUCCUUCCUUCUUGACAGACACUGCCUGCAAGAACCGGCCCCUAGACCUCGUCUUCAUCAUAGACAGUUCCCGUAGUGUCCGACCUGAAGAGUUUGAGAAAGUGAAAAUCUUUUUGUCAAAAAUGAUUGAUACACUGGACGUUGGUGAAAGAACAACCCGUGUGGCAGUCAUGAAUUAUGCUAGCACUGUCAAGGUAGAGUUUCCCCUCCGGACCUACUUUGAUAAAGCAUCUAUGAAGGAGGCUAUAUCUCACAUUGAGCCCUUGUCUGCUGGCACAAUGACCGGCCUUGCCAUCCAAACUGCCGUGGACGAAGUCUUCACUGAGGAAAUGGGCACCCGGCCGGCAACCUUCAAUAUCCCCAAGGUGGUCAUUGUCGUGACAGACGGACGACCACAGGACCAGGUUCAAGAUGUGGCAGCAAGCGCCCGGACAGCUGGCAUUGAGAUCUAUGCAGUUGGGGUAGACCGGGCAGACAUGCAGUCCCUGAGGAUAAUGGCCAGUGAACCACUGGAUGAACACGUCUUUUAUGUGGAGACCUAUGGUGUGAUCGAAAAGCUGACAUCCAAAUUCCGAGAGACUUUCUGUGCUGCGAAUGUGUGUGCACUUGGGACCCAUGACUGCGAGCAGGUCUGUGUGAGUAACGACAGAUCCUACCUUUGUGAUUGCUAUGAAGGCUAUACUCUGAAUCCAGAUAAGAGAACCUGCUCAGCUGUGGACAUGUGUGCACCUGGCAGGCAUGAGUGUGAUCAGAUCUGUGUGAGUAACAAUGGAUCCUAUGUCUGUGACUGCUAUGAAGGCUACACCCUGAAUCCAGAUAAGAAAACUUGCUCAGCCAUGGACAUGUGCGCACCUGGAAGGCACGAUUGUGCACAAGUCUGUCUGAGUAAUGACGGAUCCUACAGCUGUGACUGCUAUGAAGGAUACACUCUGAAUCCAGAUAAGAAGACUUGCUCAGCUGUCGACGUGUGUGCACCUGGAAGGCAUGACUGUGAGCAGGUCUGCGUGAGAGAUGAUCUGUUCUAUACCUGCGACUGCUACCAAGGCUACACCCUGAAUCCAGACAAGAAGACUUGCUCAAGAACUGAGGUAUGUGCACCAGGAACCCAUGACUGUGAGCAGGUCUGUGUGAGUAAUGGUGGAUCAUAUACCUGUGACUGCUAUGAAGGCUUUACCUUAAAUCCAGAUGAGAAAACAUGCUCAAGAGCCAUAAUGAGCAGCCUCGUAACAACUGAAGAGUCAUGUAAGUGUGAAGCCAUAGCUGCCCUGCAGGACUCAGUCACCUCACGCCUUGAAGCUCUGUCCACAAAAUUAGAUGAAGUAUCUGAGAAGCUGCAGGCAUAUCAAGGCAGACAGCAGGUUGUCUGAGCUAUCAUUCUACUUAAUUUUAAAAUAACCUUUCAGAAGCAGUCCUUUUUAUUGUGUUCAGCUAGCUUUAUUUUGUUGCACAGCUUACAAAUCAACAGUUGGUUUGUUAUUAUUGACAAAUGUCAGCAAGACUUCAGGAAGACAACUGUCUUGAAAAUACAGUGACCCUGAGGAUCUUCAUGUACAGUCACUUUAUAACCAUAAAGCUACCUAUACCUGCUGUGCUUCAGUUUGUACUACAAGUAGUACAGCAGGUACUGCUGUUCUGCAGUAACUGCAUUUUUAUUCUCUUAUUUAAAAGUAAAUACAGAAAAAAUGAAUGGAUACAGUAUAUCACAUUAUAUAAAACUGUGAAAUGGCAAGACGAGUAAAAAAUGUGCCUAUGUCUUCUGUCCAUUAAAUGGGAAAGUUAGUUGGGAUCUUGUAACUUAUUUUAAUAAAAUAAAGUAUGAUAAGCACACUGAUGUUGGAAGAUUUUUGUAUACAACUUAAAGGAUGUGUGUUAUGAAAUAAAGGGUUUAACAAAAACAAGGUAGCAAAACCCCAAAGAUAAAGGAGGCACAAAUGGAAGAAAUGCACAGAAUUAAACAGGAUGCUAUCCCCAAGUUACUUAGUUCGAAAAAGAACCAUUUGAUUUUAAAACCUGCAAGUCCUUGUUAAUAUAGAUGAAAGGUUUAAUAGUAAUUUCAAGUAUUAAUAAUGUUGUUUAACACUCAGAAGGAUGAAAGAUGUCCCCCAGUUUAAGGUUUUUAUCCUGCGAGAUUUACUUAUGUUAUUAGUCAGUCAUUCCUGUUGUCAUACCAUGGACUUUACUGAGACUACAUAUGCCAGUUGGGCUUGCAGGAUGAAACACAAAAGCUAACAAUUUAAAAAUUUAAUUAUUAAAGGAAUCCACUUGUUUUGCACACUUGGCAUUUAUAAUCAUCCAAAUGCUUUAGAGACUAAAAAAAUAAAUUUGAAGAUUAAGUCAAAACUAUUAUUAUUAUUUAUUUUCUUUCUAGAAUUGAAAAAUCCAUGUAGAGCUUUGCAAUAUAAUUACACAAAAUAUUGUAUCAGUAGCUGGUACAUCAAGGGCAUAUUAUAACAUCUGUGCUUGCUUCAUGCCCUGCACAUAAUAGAUACAAACAAUUGCAAGGAAAAUCGGUGGGCAGAAGUUCAGUUGUCAUGUUUACUGCACAUGCCAGUGAGACUUCAGGUAUGUCUAUACAGUAAUGUUAAGUUAGAAUAUAAUACUAAAUACCAUCGGUGAACAUGGGACACAGUUUCAGCAAGGGCUACAAAUGAGAUCAUAAACUCUCCAAGACUGCUGGACUGGUCUGUUGUUGAUAUUUUGUGAUGUGUCCCCACAAUAUUAAUUUUCUGUAGUUCAAUUAAAGUUAGCAUGGGGCAACCUAGCUAUGCUACACUUACUUCCUCAAAGUGCUGUGUAUGCAUACUUUUUCUGUAAGUCAUGGAGUUCUGUAUCCAGGACUUUGCUUACUUUUAUGUCUUCUGCUUAGACUUGGGAAUUAAACAAGGAUUUACAGGGCCAGAAGUAUGCCUUGGCCUCCGUAAUUGGUAAGAAUAAACAAGUUGUAAAUCUAAUGCAAGACUUUCCAACUUCUUGGCAAUUGGGAGUAGAUGACAUCAGUCCCAUUUACACUAAGGCCAGCUGUCAGAUGAAAUGUAUAAUUUUAUAUGAUAGUGGAAAAUCGUCCUGGAGGCCAGAUGUGACUUGCAAGCUGUCAGCUGGGCAGGUUUUCUUUAACGCGUUAGUAUUCAUAACUCCAUUUUAUGUUACAAAUGAUAGUGUUUACAUUCAAUUUCUCUGAGCAGUUAUCUUGUCUCGCUUUGUGUUUGUGAGCACCAGGUAAAAUUCCAAGGGGAUAUAAGCGAUUUCUUUAAAAUAGGACAUACCAGCAUGUCCUACUGACUGAACAUUUUUAUUUUAAAGGUAGAUGUACUUUUUGAUAUGGAAUGAGUAAUUAUACUGUUUUAAUUAUUGGGGCAGUAGAACUUUAAUGCAGAGAACUGUUAUGGAAAGAACUAAAUUUGAUUUUUUGGAUGCUAUUUUAAAAUUAUUUUUAUUCUGAAUAGAAUAGAGUAGAAUAGAAUAAUAUUUCAGUUGGAAGGGACCUACAACAACGUAGUCCAACUGCCUGACCACAGGCAUUUUCUA